CUCGCUUGGCGCUGUCUGAUUACAUCGGCUUUCUUCAUAGCCCAAGGCAGGACGUGACCACACAGGAUCCGAGAAAGAAUAGGAAACGUUUAAAUUAUUGUCGGACCACUGCACGAGCAUUUCAAGUUAAAUAUUUCAAUCUUUAAUUUUGGCAUCUGUAAACAGUUAUCUAGCCUCGUAAAAGUCGUUAUUAUGUCUUGGCAAAGCUACGUGGACAACCUGAUGGCUGAUGGCAGCUGCCAGGAUUCCGCCAUUGUUGGGUACACGGACGCAAAAUACGUUUGGGCAGCUAGCCUUGGUGGUACAUUUACUAACAUAACGCCAGAAGAAAUAGAUGUCAUUGUUGGAAAAGACCGAGAGGGAUUCUUCACCUGUGGCCUGACCUUGGGUAAAAAAAAGUGCUCGGUUAUCAGAGAUAGCCUUCUAGUAGAAGGGGACUGGACAAUGGACAUCAGGACAAAGAGCCAAGGUGGCGAGCCAACAUACAACAUCACUGUAGGCAAAGCUGGCAAAGUCUUGGUUCUUGUUAUGGGCAAAGAAGGGGUCCAUGGAGGCGGAUUGAAUAAGAAGGCAUACUCAAUGGCGAAAUACUUGAGGGAUUCAGGGUUUUAAUUAAAUAAAUCUUGUGUAGUUUUAACUGAGGGACAGAAAAGGGAAAAAAAGCUUUGCUGUUAAGGUUUCUCCCUGCAAACAGUUAAUGUCUUUGGGGGGUAAAAAAAAAAAUAGCAUAUGGGGAGAGAUGGUGGUAAGGUCUUUUUUGUGUCCCUCUUUGUCAGCUUGGGGGGGAAGACUUUUUUUCAGGUUUUGUUCAUUUGUCUUUUUGUUUCCUUGUGUACUCUAGCAUUGGUUUUAGUCAUGGGAAAGGAAGGUGUCCACGGAGGGCAGCUCAACAAGAAAGCCUUUACCAUGGCUGAAUACCUGAGGAAAUCUGGAUACUAACGUGCCCCCCCCAUCCACACAGCAGCGCACUCUUUAAGCACACCUUUAUCCCCAACAUGUUGACAGCACUACCAGGCUUGAUUAGCAGAUGCAUCAUUGUCUGUUUUGUCACCCCUUUUUCUUUUUUACUUUUUUUUGUUGUCAAUCUCUGUCCCUCCCCUGCUCUGGUCUGUUGCUGUUUAUCCUGAGAUGUCAGUCGUCAUUCUGACAUCUUUUUUUUGUGCCACACCAAAAAUGAGCAUGUUCGAUGGUUUUCGGGUCGGGGGUGGGCAGGUUGAGGUGGGGAGUCGAUUAUGUAGGCUUUUUUCCCCCAAAUAUUGACGGAAACACCCCCAAUUUGGACUUUUAACCCAGCAUAAUUCAGCAAUUUGAUGUGAAGCUUAGGUCAAUAAACUAGUUAGUGUAAUGGUGCUGCACAGCUUUGUGUAGAUUAUGUUGCCUCUCGAAUGCUAAAAGCCAUUCCUGAGCUCUGAAGGUCUUCCUGUUGUACAGCAUGCCACGGGAGGGUAUACUGCAUGCAUAUCUUUAGGUGAAAUAUCAUUGUCUUUCUCUUCCAUCUGACCCAUUUCAUUAUACAGUACCAUGGAACAGUUUGUUUGCCCUGCAGUUAUAGUCUGCCUCAGGCGUGGAGCCUUCUAAAGUCCAUCGACCCUCUGGACCUUCCCAACCUCGCUUUUUUGAUUGGUGAUGCCUUGCAUCGCAUACUUUUGCUGUUGUGAUCGGAUGUGGUCUUUUUAAGUAGUUGCUAUAAUGUUGGAAUGUGUCUGGGUAUGAUGGCAGAUCAGCAUUUAAGAGGAGUUUAUGUCCCUCCAAAGAGCCUUGGAUCCCGGACUGUACAAGGACAUUCCACCGCUACGAUGGCUCAGGCAUUUAAAUCUAUUUUGCCACCUCCCUUUUUUUUUUUUUUUUUUUUUUUUUUUUAAACUAUGUGCUGCCAUCCCAGUGUAACUGUUUUUGUGUCCAGUUUUCUCUAUAGGACCAAUUUUUGUUGCAUCAAGGGGUUUACUAACAGGAUUGCUUUAAACUGUUGUGAAGGGUGACUGCUCGCUUCAUCUGUUUGCUGACUAAACAUGUAAAAAAAAAAAAAAAAAAGGAACACGUAAUCACUCAUGUUGUAACAGUAAACUUUACAACUCUAAUAGUUCACAUGACUGUAAAAAUGGUUAAACUUGACAUGUCUAGAAACAAAUCAGUGCUACAACGAAUAUAACACUUUAAUACUUGAUCUUCACUCAUGAAUGUCAUAAGUGGAUGGAUUGGCAGUCAGUUUCAACUUUGUCAUGAAUUACUUUAAAGAAUGCAUUUGACUGUUCAUUCAUGGUGUGCAGGAAACCAUUUGGAUUUAUUGCCUUGUGCUCUUCAUCAAAUGCAAUGUAUGGAACUGUCAUAGCACGGUACAAAACAUUAAAAAGACAAAAAAUAUAAAUAUGAAACUGAAACUGUGUACACUAAAUUUUCUGGGAUGUGUUGGUUGGAAAUAAGACCUCUGCAGUCAGUCUUGUGGAAAAUCAAAGGACAAGAAGCUGUAUCCUGUGCCAUAAUGUAGAUCUGUUGCUACUGUGAGAUGGAUUUUAACUGCUGCCUUGCAAGGAGUCCCUUCUUCAAUGGCACUUACUUUGGGAUAUUGGCGUUAAACUCACACUCUUCCAGGGAUUGUGGAAUAUGUACAGAUUAAAAUUAAACUUGUCAGUUUACCAAUUCAUGUUUUUUGUUCCCUUUUUUUCAUACACCUGAAUAUAGUGGAGCAGUUGAUAAUACUACUCUGUUUUCAUGGAGAAAAUGCCAUGAUUAAAUAAUCACCUUGUUUACAGACGGAUCAAAUAAAUGUAUUCCAACCCAA